AAAAGUAAUGCAUUUUAAUCUAUCAACAUUCGCACUGAAUUUUAGAAGGCAAAAUAGCAUAUGUUGAAGUUUACUAUACUUGCUGAAACAAAGGGAAAAAACUUAGAGAAAAAGCUCUCGUUUAAACUUUAAGGACGAUAUAAUAAAAUUAUUGCUUAAACUCCAUUAAUAAUAUUUUCAUUUGGGAAAAGGAAUUGAGAUCGUUUGCUGAUAUGAAAGAAAGAUCGAGGUAAUUAAGUAAAUUACAUAAUUCAACGCGCAUUAAAAAGUAUAAUCUCUAGCGGAAGGGAAAUUAAUGCGUUUGAUAUUUAGAUUGAACUUUUCCUAAAAUCUCAGCAACUUCCAUAGACAUUCAACUACUUCAUUUGCAAGAGAUAUUUUUCCAGCACUUCCAUAUGUUAAAAUGAUUUGAAAUUUAGUUGUAAUCACCCUAUUAAAAUUUAUCUGCUAAUUAAUACUUCCUUCGUUUCAAUUUAAAUGACACAUUUUCCUUAUUAGUCGGUUAAAAAAAAAAGGACACAUUUCUAUAUUUCAAAACAAUUUAACUUUAAACUUUUUAUUUUAUCCACUUUAGCAUCAACGAAAUGGAAUAGGAAUAACAUAGUUUUUGUAGCAGAAAUAGUAAAAAAGUCGUACUCUCUGUUCUCUUCUCAACUAGUUUAACUAAUAGUGAAGGUACAAGUGCUGCAAUUUCUCAUAUAACUUGAGAAAGCAAAGCUGUGGUAAAAAGCAUAAACCAGACUAAAACUGUCCAAAACAUAGAAGGGAGAACUGUCAAAAGAUGUACAUCGUCGGAGUUUCCAGGAGCUUGCUUUGCUUGGUUAUCACUCGAUUUGGGUCUAGAAGGUGUAGAAAUCUUGGCUUACAACCAGCCAAUGAAUAUAGAUUACUUGGGGAUUAUGCUAAUAUCAAGACCAUACCAAACUUUGACCCGACAGUUGAUAGGCUAAAAUAAUUCUUUGAAACGCUUAACACGUUGGAGCAGCAUGGGAAUAUUCUUAGAAGCUCAAUUGAGCUUUUACUUUGUUGGUGAAAGUUUGAUUUCUCUCUUCACCCAUUUUUUCUUCCCCUACCUCCAGUUUGAGAAAAAAUACUGGAGCAGCAUAAUAUUAACAAGGUUGAAUACAUAUGCGGCCCCCUAAACUUAUCCAUUUUUUUCACUUAUAGACACUUAUAAAUGUCCAUGUUUUUUGGCUCCAACCUGUCGUUCCUUAUCAUGUCCAGCUUUUAUUUUAAUAUUAACGGAGGAAGAGAAAAAAUGAUUAUUAUAAGAUGAACUGGUGGAGAACUUGGGGCACAAACAAAAGAACGAUGUAGCACAUAUAUAGGACCAUUGAAUUGAAAAGUCAGUUGUUGACUCAGAAACCCAUCAUAUAUAAACCAAGCAAGUGCAACAAGGUUCAGAUAUGCCCUAAAAAACAGAAAAUGGAAGCAACUUUGUUGUAUACUUCACUCUCUAUUUUCUUUCUACUUGUAGCUCUGAAACUUGUUUCCUCAAGACGAAGACAAGCUAUUAAUCUCCCACCAAGCCCAGCAUUAAAACUUGCUAUUAUAGGCCAUCUCUAUCUCUUAAAACCACCUCUAUAUCGCACUCUUGCUAAUCUCUCAACUAAAUAUGGCCCUGUUUUCUCCCUUCAUUUUGGUACCCGUCUUGUUUUGGUAGUGUCCUCCUCAUCUGCUGCCGAAGAAUGCUUCACCAAAAACGAUAUCGUCUUGGCCAAUCGCCCUCGUUUAAUGAUCGGCAAAUACAUAGGCUAUAAUUAUACUACUCUCGUUGGUUCCCCUUAUGGUGAUCACUGGCGCAACCUUCGCCGUCUUUGCGCACUUGAAAUUUUCUCCACUAACCGUCUCGACAAUUUUCAGCCAAUUAGACUACAUGAAGUCAAGCUUCUUGUUCAUAGAGUGUUUCAGAACUCGGGUGGAAAUUUUGGGACUCCUGUUGAACUUAAGUCAAAGUUUUUUCAGAUGUCAUACAAUAUUAUCAUGAGAAUGGUAGCUGGAAAGAGAUAUUACGGUGAAGAGGUAGAUAACGAGGAGGCAAACCAUUUUCGGGAGCUUGUAGAAGAGGUUAUUUCAUAUGGGGGCGCAUCAAAUCCCACGGAUUUCAUGCCUGCAAUAUUUCGUUGCUUUUUCAGGAGUUUCGAGAAGAAUUUGGCCAGGCUUGGUAGCAAAAUGGACGCACUCUUGCAAGGUUUUAUUGAUGAACACCGUCGUGAUAAAAGCAGAAAUACCAUGAUUGAUCAUUUGCUUUCUCUGCAAGAAUCAGAACCAGAAUAUUACUCUGAUCAAAUCAUCAAAGGAAUAAUAUCGGUCAUGCUGAAUGCGGGGACUGAAACAUCAUCGGUAACAAUAGAAUGGGCAAUGUCUCUUCUACUCAACCAUCCCGAGGUGUUGGAAAAGGCCAAAGCUGAAAUAGACGACCAUGUGGGAAAAGAUCGUUUAGUGGACGAAACAGAUUUACCCAAGCUGAAAUACCUUCAAAAUAUUAUUUCGGAGACUCUCCGAUUGUACCCUGCACCAAUGCUAGUGCCUCAUGAAUCAUCCGAUGAUUGCAAGGUCGCGGGCUUCCACAUUCCACGUGGCACGAUGCUAUUGGUGAAUGCUUGGGCCAUCCACAGGGACCCCUUACUUUGGGAGGACCCAGAGAGCUUCAAGCCAGAAAGGUUUCAAGGUGUACAAGUGGAAUCAUGGAAGCUAUUGCCAUUUGGAAUGGGAAGGAGAGCGUGCCCGGGUUCUGGACUUGCUCAACGUGUGAUUGGUUUAGCUUUAGCAACUCUAGUGCAGUGUUUUGAGUGGAAAAGGGUAAGCGAAGAGGUGGUUGAUUUGAUGGAAGGAAAAGGUCUCACUAUGCCAAAAGCCGAGCCACUCAUGGCUAGAUGCGAAGCUCGUGACAUUGUUCACAAAGUUCUUUCAGAAAUAUCCUAAUGUUUUCGGAGUUUGAAUCAAUAAUGUCUCAUAUAAUUUAAUAUGCACUAUCUACAUUUAUGUCAUUGUGAUACUCCGGAUCAAAUAUAUGCGGUACUCUUUUUAGCAGUGUAA